AGGAGAUAUGCCCGGACAGAUUGAAUUGUUCGUGACGUCAUCGUGACGCGCCUCACUCUCACCGUUUUGAGCCAAGAUGGCGGCGUUAGCUGGGAAAGAAAAUAUUUAGUGUCAAUAACUAAAAAUGUGAUAAGGAUAACUGUCACCGACUACGAAAUUAUUUUGAAAGUUCAGACUUGUACCCUCUUACAGCGAUUGUUUUAGGUUGUUUGCUAUUGCUGCAUAGUUUUGAGUUUAUUCUAUUUGUGCAUGGUGCAUUUUCCCAAAAUAUCGGAAGUAGGGAAUUUCCGACAUUGGAUCGAUACAUACUGGAACGCUAACAGUCUAGACCUCCUAGGCUCCAAGUUGGAUAUGUACUUGCAGGUUGAAUAGCAGAGGCGCUCGAUGUUGCCAUGGCAACUGUAAACCGCGUUGGGGCAGAGCUUGCGUUCCUCCGGUGAAACCCAACAACAAAGUCAGCACAUCUUUGGAACUCAGCAGGAGGGACAAUUUGUGGGCCUGUCGAAGGGCCAGAAGCUAAUAGCAAUGGUCCAACAAUGCCAAAGUCAAGUUGAAAUCAAAACCCUGCAAACCACUUCACCUCCAUGUCUGCACAGUGUCCACCUGCCUGCUCUCAACCCAGAGAAACUAAAGACAGCCAGGGCCAUUGUGGAAAAACCUGUCCAGUUGCAUAAGGUGUUCUCUGUUCAGGGCCCUUACCCGGUCAUUAGGGCCUCACUAAGAGCCAGAGGCUGGGUGGAGAAACGGAUGUGUCACCCUGCGCUCCAAAUGUGCACUCGCCCUGUUAAAGAGGCCUGUUGUAAUGAUGAUGACAGCGAUGGUGAAGAUGAUGAUGUCAAACAAGAGCAGGAUCCGGAUGGACUAUACGGUCUUAUAUCUCGCCUGGUGCGGAAUGAAAUGGUUUAUUUCUACUGGACAAACAGAAGAGAUGCCAUCAACACCAGCAUUCUGCAGAAAGAACAGAUGAUCAACCAUUUUGGCAAAGCAGGCAGCUUCACCACCAAGGUGGGGUUGUGUGUGAACCUGAGGAGUCUGCACUGGUUUGACUCAGCAGACCCGGACACGUUCUUUCCUCGCUGUUACAGGCUAGGAGCACAGGAUGAGAAGCAUGCUUUCAUUGAGGACUACAGGAGGACAGCCUGCACCAGUCUUUUAAAGUACGUUGUAGAAAGUGCACAGAAUGUUCAGGAGCAGAAGAAAAGCGAGCACAUUCAAGGUAUGACCAUUUUAUCUCAUAUUGUAACGUGGAUCACUAGGGCUCGACUUGAUUGCGUUCCUCCAUUUUCAGAACCAUUUGAACCUGUGAUUGUUUCCAAAAUGAUCAGCACAGCUCUCAAAGUGUGCCAGGAUUUUCUUGAGAGUUUGGAGCACGUUGACAUUGACAUGAGCUUGGAGACAACUCAAUCCCUUGUGAAGGAGCAGUGGGGUGAAUUUAUUGGCAGCUACUACUUGUUUGUUCAUGGCAGAGCACAAAUUGAGAUCAGUUAUCAUUUAGUAACCUGCUGUAAGGCCAUGCUUCAGAGGCUGGCUGAAGUCAGUCCACAGCUGGACACAGAUGGUAUACACAACAUAUGGAUUGUCAAGCCUGGAGCCAAGUCCAGAGGCAGAGGUAUUAAAUGUGUAAAGCGUUUAGAUCACAUCCUCAGCCUGGUGGACAGUGAUCCAGCUCUGAUCAAGGAAAGCAAGUGGGUGGUGCAGAAGUAUUUGGAGCGCCCCUUCUUGGUGGAGGGCACCAAGUUUGAUGUGCGCCAGUGGUUUCUGGUCACAGACUGGAACCCUCUCACCGUGUGGUUUUAUAAGAAGUGCUACUUGCGUUUCUCUACACAGCCUUACUCAUUGGAAACACUGGACAACUCUGUGCACUUGUGCAAUAAUUCCAUCCAGAAGCAUCUGAGGCCUUCUCAUCAACGCCAUCAAACCAUCCCACAAGACAACAUGUGGUCUGACGAGCAGUUCAUGACCUUUCUGUCUGGUCAGGGCCACAAAGCUCAGUGGGAAAAUUUAGUUGUGCCUGGGAUGAAGAAGGCUGUUAUCCAUGCAUUGCAGACUGCACAAGAUUUUGUGGAUUCCAGGAAAAACACCUUUGAGCUUUAUGGGGCUGACUUCAUGUUAGGCUGUGACUUACAUCCAUGGUUGAUUGAAAUCAAUGCCAGUCCCACCAUGGCCCCCUCUACGCCAGUCACAGCCCAUCUUUGUGCAGCUGUUCAGGAGGACACGCUGCGCGUCGUCCUAGACCGCAGAACAGACCAAUCAGCAAACACGGGAGAUUUUGAGCUCUUAUAUCACCAGGCAGCAGUAGCUGUACCACAGUACGUAGGAGCCAAUUUAUUUAUAGAGGGCUUCAGGCUCAAAGGCACCUGUCUGCUUCCUCCUCUGAGGCCUUUGAACCGCUCAGCCACAAAGUAUCGUAGUACCAAAAAGGAGAUGGCUACAAAAAAAGUAAUGUCUCUGCCAGAAGUGGUCAAGAGUGCCAAAACGCCAGUCAAAAACAUCACAAACAGAGUUCUUCCACCUCCUGUUCUUCAGCCACCAGUGCCUAUCCCGAUUGAAACAUUCUCCCUAGACCUGCAAAAGACAGCACACAGAUCUGUCCACCUACCUCUUGAUGCUUGCUCACGUUCUGUCUUUUUGUGGCGAAAGGGCUUGUAGGUCAUCCUCAGUGAAAUACAACUGAAUGCUAUAGAACAAGAACAAGAAAAAUCUCUUAGAGGUUAUUAUUCUAAAACAAUUGAGGAAGGCAUUGAAACUUGUUUGGUUCAUGGUUGAUAUCCG